UGAGUUUCAUUGUGCUGCCGCUGCGCCAUCACCAGCCAGCCGCUAGUAGCAGUGAAUGAUAUCCCGUUGAAAACGCUGUUUACUUCGGUCGUCUGAUACUCUUUAUAGCACCGCGGAGAUCUGUGUGAAUAAUUUGUGUACGAUGGAAAACAUCAGCAGAGGACUUUAAGAGAUUAUCCGGGAUUCUCUUGCAAAUGCAAUGUGGAGAGUAUAAGGACCCUGCUGGACUUUAAAUAAAGAUCAUAGAGGAUGGGCUGUGUGCAAUGUAAGGACAAAGAGGCUGCUAAGUUAACAGACGACCGGGACACCAGCUUGUCUCAGAGCGGAGUGGGUUACCGAUAUGGCGUCGACCCAACACCGCAGCACUACCCAGCCUUCAGCGGGACCGGAACUGCUGUCGCAGCCAUUCCCAAUUACAACAACUUCCACGGAGCCGCUGUCUCGCAGGGCAUGACAGUCUUCGGAGGGAUCAGCACAUCCACACACCAAGGAACACUCCGCACACGAGGGGGCACAGGUGUGACUCUGUUUGUAGCUCUCUAUGAUUAUGAGGCCAGGACUGAAGAUGAUCUCAGUUUCAGGAAAGGAGAGAAGUUUCAAAUCAUCAACAGCACUGAGGGUGACUGGUGGGACGCCCGAUCUCUAACCACCGGAGGAACCGGCUACAUUCCCAGCAACUAUGUCGCCCCAGUGGACUCAAUCCAGGCUGAAGACUGGUAUUUUGGAAAGUUGGGUCGUAAGGAUGCAGAGAGGCAGCUUCUUUCUACAGGGAACCCCCGUGGCACAUUCCUAAUCCGCGAGAGUGAAACCACUAAAGGCGCCUUCUCAUUGUCUAUCCGGGACUGGGACGAUGUAAAGGGCGACCAUGUAAAACAUUAUAAAAUCCGCAAACUGGACAGUGGAGGCUACUACAUAACCACUAGAGCUCAGUUCGAGACCCUUCAGCAGCUGGUCCAGCAUUACACCGAGCGGGCAGCGGGGCUUUGCUGCCGCUUGGUCGUACCCUGCCACAAAGGGAUGCCAAGGCUCACCGACCUGUCUGUCAAAACCAAAGACGUGUGGGAGAUCCCGCGGGAGUCCCUGCAGCUCAUAAAGCGCUUGGGCAACGGCCAGUUUGGGGAGGUUUGGAUGGGCACGUGGAACGGCAACACUAAAGUUGCCAUAAAGACCCUGAAGCCGGGAACCAUGUCUCCUGAGUCUUUCCUGGAGGAAGCGCAGAUCAUGAAGAAACUGCGGCAUGAUAAACUCGUGCAGCUGUACGCCGUGGUGUCUGAAGAGCCCAUCUACAUCGUCACUGAGUACAUGGGCAAAGGCAGUCUCCUAGAUUUCUUGAAGGACGGAGAGGGACGAGCGCUGAAACUGCCCAACCUGGUGGACAUGGCGGCCCAGGUGGCUGGAGGCAUGGCCUACAUCGAGCGGAUGAACUACAUCCACAGAGACCUGCGCUCCGCUAACAUCCUGGUUGGUGACAGCCUGGUGUGUAAGAUUGCUGACUUCGGCCUGGCCAGACUCAUUGAAGACAAUGAAUACACCGCCCGACAGGGGGCUAAAUUCCCUAUUAAGUGGACGGCUCCAGAGGCGGCGCUGUACGGGAAGUUCACCAUUAAAUCUGAUGUCUGGUCUUUUGGAAUUCUGCUAACAGAGCUGGUCACGAAGGGCAGAGUUCCCUAUCCAGGCAUGAAUAACAGAGAGGUGCUGGAGCAGGUGGAGCGCGGCUACCGCAUGCAGUGUCCUCAGGACUGCCCCAGCUCUCUGCAUGAGCUGAUGGUGCAGUGCUGGAAGAAGGACGCAGAGGAGCGGCCCACCUUCGAGUACCUGCAGGCCUUCCUGGAGGAUUACUUCACCGCCACCGAACCUCAGUAUCAGCCCGGAGACAACCUCUAGAAGCCAUCCUGCUGGACCUACUCUGAUCUCCCCAUCCCCGGGGCCAGAACCGGACCCUCCUGAGCUCCUGUGACUGAACUAUCAAGCGUUUGCACACACUUUCACACUUUCUCCAGGAGGUGAACAGCAGGAAUUGUGGGUAAAUUUGGGAAGGAUGUAACCAUACUUCUGUCCAGAGCAGAGUAAAGAUGCCUGCAUUCAGUGUAAAUACAAUCCGUGCUUGAUUAUGGUUGAUUUCCUCUUGGCUUUGGUUCAUGUUUUGUCUCGCUCAUGUUUUUACGAUGGCGUCAAACACAGACGUCUGGUGGUUUUGGGUGUUCGCCGAUGCACAAAACCAGUCUCCGUGUCUGCUAGUAGUGUUUGAGAUUGGGUCUGUCCUCUGCUGAUUGGAUAAUGCAAUCUGCAAGGCAAACACCGCAAUAAUGCUGCUUUACUCUGAGUUUUGGUCUUGCUUUUAGUCCAAAUAUCUAAAAUGUCUUAAUUUUCUAGCAUUUUCCAGACGAGCAUAAAAUAUAGUGUCUUCAGAAAUAAUGAGGCAAAAUCAAGUGAGUUUUUCCCUAAAACAACAGAAAUAAUCUGCCAAUGGGGGAAGUUGAAUAGUUUUAUUUCAAAGCCAACACAAUUGUCAUUACCCCAUUAUGACUUAUUAUUCCUGAAAAUAAAGCAAAGGCAUUUCUAGACAUUUAUCCUAGAAACAAGGCCAGAACUCUACCCAAAGCUGUUUUGUUUGCAGAUUCUUUGUGUUUCUUUAAUUUAUUUGUGUUCAGUAAGAUACUCAUUUGAUUUGAUGAUGUCUGAUGUCCUCUCCAAAGUUCUAGAUGUUCAUCUAUAAUGUAACCAGAGAAAUAUUUUACACAUGAUGUACAUUACGCUUUUGUAUUUCCAGACCAAUGUUAAAGACUGCCAUACGCCGCCUCAUCUCCACAGAGGAAACCCGUCUUGUUUAGUUUUCCAGCUGACCGGCUUAUCAGGAGGAAAAGCACCAUCAGAUUAGAAAAGCUUUCAGUUUCCACAUGCUAGAGCUGCGUCCCAAACCUGAACAAUGCUGCAUUCACAUAGAGCAGGUGCUUUCACAGUAUAACACACAGCAACGUCAUGAACAUCAUGUCAAAUGAGUGUUUUCACAUCUUUAUUUAAAGUUACUCCUGUGAGAUUUGAAUUCUUUUUUAAGGACCAAGUGUUGCUUUAAUAACUAACUUAAAAUCACUCAUUUAUUUUGCCAUGAUGACAGUACUUAAUAUUUGACUAGAUAUUCUUUAAGAUGCAAGUAUUCAAGACAUUUAAAGGCAUGACUAAGUUAAUUAGGCAAGUUAUUGGACUACAGUGGUUUGUUCUGUUGCCAAUUGGAAAAUCAAAUAUCUUAAAGCGGCUAGUAAUAUUGACCUUUAAAUAGUUUUAUAUAGCCCAAUACCUAUUGAGAAUGCCCAGUUACUUUUCGCUCAACUUGUAGCCGUAGGU